AUGGGGCGAAUCCCGUGCUGCGAGAAGGACAGCGUCAAGCGCGGGCAGUGGACGCCCGAGGAGGACAACAAGCUGCUCUCCUACAUCACCCAGUACGGCACGCGCAACUGGCGCCUCAUCCCCAAGAAUGCCGGAUUGCAGCGGUGCGGGAAGAGCUGCCGUCUCCGGUGGACCAACUACCUGCGGCCCGACCUCAAGCACGGCGAGUUCACGGACGCCGAGGAGCAGACCAUCAUCAAGCUGCACUCUGUCGUCGGCAACAGGUGGUCGGUGAUCGCGGCGCAGCUGCCGGGCCGGACGGACAACGACGUCAAGAACCACUGGAACACCAAGCUGAAGAAGAAGCUGUCCGGGAUGGGCAUCGACCCCGUUACGCACAAGUCCUUCUCGCACCUCAUGGCCGAGAUCGCCACCACGCUGGCGCCGCCGCAGGUGGCCCACCUCGCCGAGGCCGCGCUGGGGUGCUUCAAGGACGAGAUGCUCCACCUCCUCACCAAGAAGCGGCCCACCGACUUCCCCUCGCCCGCGGUGCCCCCCGACAUGGCGAUCGCGGGCGGCUCCGGCGCGGGCGCGCCUCCCUGCGGCUUCCCGGCGCCGCCCCAGACCGACGACACCAUCGAGCGCAUCAAGCUGGGCCUGUCCCGCGCCAUCAUGAGCGAGCCCGGCGCGCCGCCCCCCGGCAAGCAGCAGCAGCCCUGGGCGCCGACCGACAUGACAGAGGGGCUGGCGGGGAUGUACGCCACGUACAACCCCGCCGCGCACGGGCAGGAGGAGUUCCGGUACGACAACGGGACGGUGCCGGAGUACUUCCUCGGAGGCGCCGGCGCCGGCGGCGACGCGGACCAGGGCACGUCGAUGUGGAGCCACCAGAGCAUGUACAGCGGGAGUUCGGGCACAGAGGCCGCGCCCAGGCCGGCGGCGGCGUUGCCGGAGAAAGGCAAUGACAGCGUCGGGAGCAGCGGCGGCGACGAGGAGGCGGACGACGUCAAGGACGGCGGGAAGGGCGGCUCCGACAUGUCCGGCCUGUUUGGCUCCGACUGUGUACUCUGGGACUUGCCCGACGAGCUAACCAACCACAUGGUGUGA